UCACAUUAUUAAAUGCCCUUCUCACCCCCCCUCCAUUUCUAUUCAAAUUUCAAACCCAAACCCCACUUCUUCUUCCCUUUUUCUCUCUGCCUCCAUACCCUCCUUCCAAUUUCAGUUGCUCUUCUUUUACCAAUGGAGUCUGGGAAAGCAAAAUCAGAGAUGUGGGUAAUUUUCUGAGAGAUUGCAGCAAUCGGGCCAAGGGUGGAGGAUAAAGAGUAAAGCGUUUCAAAGAUGAGUACGGCUCGAUUCAUCAAGUGCGUCACCGUUGGAGAUGGGGCUGUGGGGAAAACUUGCAUGCUCAUCUCCUACACCAGCAACACAUUCCCUACUGACUACGUGCCCACGGUUUUUGAUAAUUUCAGUGCUAAUGUGGUGGUCGACGGCAGCACUGUGAACUUGGGGCUUUGGGACACUGCCGGGCAGGAAGAUUACAACAGGCUGAGGCCUCUGAGUUAUAGAGGUGCUGAUGUGUUUCUGUUGGCCUUUUCUCUAAUCAGCAAAGCUAGCUAUGAAAAUAUAUCUAAGAAGUGGAUCCCGGAGCUGCGGCAUUACGCCCCGACCGUGCCUAUUGUUCUUGUGGGAACCAAACUUGAUUUGAGGGAUGACAAGCAAUUUCUGACUAGCCAUCCCGGUGCUACACCGAUCACGACUGCGCAGGGUGAAGAACUGAAGAAAGCAAUUGGUGCUGCUGUUUACAUAGAAUGCAGCUCCAAAACUCAGCAGAAUGUAAAGGCUGUGUUUGAUGCUGCCAUUAAGGCCGUUCUGCAGCCACCGAAACCGAAGAGAAAUCGACGAAAGGCCCGAAAAUGUGUUUUUCUUUGAGUUGGGGUUUCAUGGGCAGAUUGUUUCUCUUUCUCCUGUGGCAGACUUGGCCCCUUCUUCUUCCAAUUAGUCAUUCUGACCUUGCCCAUUCUACUUGCUUUUUAUAUUAAUCUUCUUGUUUAAUAUGAAAGUGCUGAUGGUUUUAUGCUUA